UUCCCGUAUUGAACGACCAAUUUUGACGCUCGGCCCGAAGAAGUUGAAAUCUGAAGCCCGUAACCGAUCGGAGUCUUCAAAACAAAGAAGAGGGAUCUAUUUCUCUUUGGUAAGGGAAGAACUCCGCUUCUGAUAGGCUAAUGGAGAAUCCAAAGCCUGAGGAGGAGAAGUUAGACAGCGACAGACCGGUGCGGGUUUACGCCGAUGGCAUAUACGAUCUCUUCCACUUCGGCCAUGCACGGUCCCUCGAGCAGGCCAAGAAACUAUUUCCAAACACUUAUCUUCUUGUGGGAUGCUGUAAUGACGAACUUACAUAUAGAUACAAGGGCAAGACUGUUAUGACUGAGUCUGAACGUUAUGAAUCGCUUCGACAUUGCAGGUGGGUUGAUGAAGUUAUUCCAGAUGCUCCUUGGGUUAUCACUAAGGAGUUCCUUGACAAGCACAAGAUUGAUUAUGUAGCUCAUGAUUCUCUCCCAUAUGCUGAUGCAAGUGGAGCUGGAAAGGAUGUUUAUGAAUUUGUCAAAUCUGUUGGAAAAUUUAAGGAGACAAAGCGUACAGAUGGCAUCUCGACAUCUGACGUUAUAAUGAGGAUGCUCAAAGAUUACAACCAGUAUGUGAUGCGGAACUUGGCGCGUGGUUACACAAGGGAAGAGCUCGGUGUCAGCUAUGUCAAGGAAAAGAGGUUGAGAGUAAACAUGGGUUUAGAAAAGUUGCUUGAAAAAAUGAAGCAGCAGCAGGAAAAAGUAGGAGAGAAGCUGAGCACGGUGGCUAAAGUUGCUGGCGUACUGCAUGAUGAAUGGGUGGAGAAUGCAGAUCGCUGGGUUGCUGGGUUCCUUGAAAAGUUUGAGGAAGGCUGCCAUUCUAUGGGAACAGCCAUUAAAGAGAGAAUCCAAGAGAAGCUAAUGGCUCAGUCGAGAGACUUCACUCUCAUGCAGUAUGACUCAGAGUAGCUGAACUUGAAAAUUGGCUGCAAUCGUUAAGAGUUUUGGUGCACUGUAGUUUGUUAAUCUGUAGUGAUUUCCUAUCCAGAGGAGGAAAGUUCAAAGCCCUAAUGGAAUUUUUUCUUUCUUCAUGUAAUAAUGCUGAUUGAUCUGAUUAUUAUUAAACAUUUAUGUAUCUGCAAUAUGUUUGCCAGAAUUUCCGUUUGGUUGAGUUGAUAUUUAUGUUACAACUCUGCAUGAUUGCAGAAUGGUGGAAUAUAGUGAUAUUGUCAAACAUUUUAUUACAGAAGAUAUGUUUUUUUUUU